GUCGACUUUUUCCUGGUUCUCGCUUUGUUCACAGCUGAUCGCGUUUUGUAAGUAAAUAAAGUACAACCGGAUAGUUCCUAUGUGAUCGGAUUUGCUUUAAAUACGGUUAGUGAUGUUUUGCCACGGAAAAAUAACGAAUUGAGAACUAUUCCGUCAUGAGUAUCAGCCGUCGAUAGAGUACCUAAUGAGAAAUUUUGGGGAAUGCCUUUCGCAAUUAUCGUGAAGUAGUCAAGAGUGCAGUUAUUGGUAGCAAAUGCCGUUUUUGCAUUAGCAGGACUUCGAUCGCGAGAAGUGCUCACAGUUUUUCUAGCAAUCGCCAAGCAGAUAUUGGAAAAUUGAUAAGAAUUUCGAUUGUGAUGGAUUAUUGCGUGAACAUUUGCAGGUUCUUACAUGAACUUAUAAUUCGCAAGAAGACAACAUCAAGCACAAAUGAACGGUCGGUAUAUGCAGUUCAAGCAAUACUUCGAUGCGAAAAGGGGUAGUUUGUCAUUUGGUUGAGUGUAACAACUCGAGUUUCCCUGGAAGAAAAAUUGUAUAAUAAAACAUGGAUAAAGGCUGUGAUAAUCAUAAUGUGGCUCUACAAAACAGUUGGAAACAAUUUUGUGCGGAAAAAGAUGAGAAAGAAAAGAUACAUAAGGCGCAGCAAUUUUUAUUUACGUAUCACCUUUUUAAGAACUCGCCAGCAGGGAGAACGACACCAAGCUUUCUUUCAUCUGUUCCAUCACAAUUAUCGUGUUACUUGCUACAACUGGUGUAUGACAUAAUCUGUGCAACUAUAUCAUCCCAAAAUGUGGAAAAUUCUAGCACUGAACUGAAUUCUCACGAUCAGUCGCAGUUUAAUAAUUUGGAUUUUCAUCCUUCUACGUUAAUUUUAAAUGCCCCCAGUGAUAUAACCGCAAUAGUUUCGUUAAGGGAGUUUCUAACGAAUGGCCUAGGGCGCGCAAUUUUAGAAUUUCUACAUGGUUGCGAGACAAAGCUUAUAACAUGCAGACGGGAGUUGGGAAGUCUCUUAAUAAAUCUAUUUCCAAGCUCUCGUUGGGACACUGGCAAUACUUCCGGCUUUGAACCCGACCCGCCAAUGGAUUUUCGCAGGUAUAUCGAACAGUUCGUUUUACUUGAUGACGGCAUGUCGCAAGAAGAAAAUCUGAACAAAAUGAAGAGUACUGAGUGGUCCGUCGAAAACAGCCUCCAAGAAAAGAUUCUCUACAGAGAAGAUGAAUUUGAGUUAUUUCGAAGUCGUCGAAUAACAAGCGAUCAACAUGCUUUUGUUAUUAUCGACACACUAAUGAAACUCGUAGGAACUGAAACAGGCCUUCAUUUAGACGAGAAGUCUGUAACAUUAGAGAGCAUGCACUUUGCAUUGGAAGCAAUGAAUACCUUACGUAAAAACAGACCGUUCGAAGGGGCUAAUCACGAGAUUAUCAAGUUUAAGAUUCUGUCAUUGAUAAUUUCAUGUUUGAACAAUUUAUUUUCUAAGGAAAAGAACCUGGAGGAGGUUCGUUUCGACGAAAUUCUUGGCAAGUUUGUGGAGAUAAUAGGAAUCGAUUUCUCUAAUGAGGAAAACCCUGUCAUAAGAGAUUAUGGAGUUUCAUUAAGCCUAAUAACAGUUUAUAUUUUAUUCGGUUUCUUAAACAAUUCAUUAAAGACAAUGAGUGAUAAACGAGAAGAAUUUACAGCAAGUGUUGUGAAAGUGUUUAAUUCCGCAAAAAAAUCGUCUCUUCUAGAGGGUCUUAAGCAAAUUAUAGUGAGUGUAAAUGCAAAUAGAAUUUGUGAUUUUAAGGAAAUAGUCGAUAUAUUUUUAAUGACUCUGGAUAGUGUGAAAGUGAACAUUUUUAAAGAAAUAACGGCUAAACGUAAGUUAAAGAGCAAACAUCGAAAGAAGCAAUAUACAACACAAAUACACUGCAAAGGAACAAGUUUAUCAUGCAUUCUCGAAGGCAUUGUAUUAAAUAUAUUUAACCCUCUAGAUUAUCGCUUGCAAAUAACAAUAAUCAAUUACUUUGGAAAAAGCCAUCUUUGUUGUUGUUUGUUCAAUAUCGAAACUAUCAAACUAUUAAUGGAUGGAAAUCAAGGAGGUGACAUAGAAAGGCAGCUAUACCGUAUUCUUCGAAAGCAGAUUAUUUACAAUUUAUUCUCUAAUGAAAUAUGCACUGAUUGCACCAGAACGGCAUCAUCAAAACAAUUCCAAAAGGAGCUACUAUCUGCAUUCAUUGAAAAAUUUCAAUCCAUUACAAAAGAACACGAGCUCUUGAACUUCCUAAAGCAUCUACAAAAAAUCACUGCAAACAUGUCCAACAAAGUUACAGAAGGAAUACUAACAUCUAUUAUUCUACCAGUUUUCCAUGGAGAAAUGAGAAAAGUCCAAGCACACAAUUUCAAAAACACUCAAUUGAUUCUUACUUGUUUGCGAACAUUUCGAAAUUGUUUAGUAGAUUCACGGCUUUCCGAAAUGUUUUUUAUCCCCGAAAAUAUCAACUAUUUGCGGACUUUGAUAUAUAUUCCGGAUUUGGCACAUGUGGUAUGUGCUAUACUGAACGUCGGUUUGAACCACAAUAACUUAGACGAAAUGGAGAGCGCUGAACAAGAUUCUCUUUUCAAUGUACUCUACUCGAUUUUAUCAGAUGCAAAUAUCUACUCGGCUGUCUUGUUAGAUAGCAUGUUUGCCAGGGUGGUCGCCUUUAAUACCAACUCCAGUAGAUUUCAACUAACAGCUCAAAAGCAAAAUGUUUGUGAGAAGAGCAUUUUGUAUGAUUUAUUGCACGAGGGCAAGUUAAAUGUAACGCAACUUCUCAAUCUAUCAACGACGUAUUGGGACUUAACAUUAGAGCUGUGUUAUUCUAAUGUCUACUUCAAGACUGCUUUCUUACAAAAUUUUCCCUUAUUGAAACCAAUGGAAAAUGCUAAUAUUGCGAAUGAAAAAUUUUCUACGAAAUUAGUGCGGUUUGCUUGUAAUACGUUGAGCUGUUUUUUGAGCCAUAGCAGAAGUCCAGGACCAUUGCAGUUAACAGACUCUACAAUUACAAACAAUACGUCUAUAACACUCAGCGAGUUCUGCGUCGUUUCAUCGGAUGACAUCAUGAACAACGACCAAAUUAAUUCGAGCCACAAGGAUUCAAUUAAUUUAGAGUUCGUCCCCAAUAGUUUUGCCCUCGUAUGGGAUAGCUUCUGGUCUUCCUCAUCGAUCAGUGUGGAUCGCAGGACACCAUUAUCUCUUACGAGCAGUUCUCACACUCCAUCAUUUCAAAGCUUCGAUGAAGUCACGAAUUUAAUGUCUACAAGCGAUCACGAUCACAACGAACUUUUAUCUUGGCUGAGAGCCUGUGAAGGAAGUGAAGUGAUUUUUGAUAUCAGGAACCAAAGUCGUAUAAAUGGUGUGAACAAAUGUUGUGAAAGAGCUUUUCUAACUGAUAUCGGUGAACCUAAGAUCGAAAAGAGAUACAGUUUUGUUAGUAGUUUAUUUACGCUCAACUCUUUACUAACGACGAGUGUUAGCUACUUAUUCGGGAGUGGCGAGAUGAAGCAGAAAUCUUCAAGUGAAAAUGUGAAUGCAUUAUAUGAGUGUGGUGAUAUUGAUUUUAUAAGUGAUGAUAAACUCAAAUGUUUACAAACAGCCGGCAACUGCAAAAGGAAGUUAUUGCGAAUAUUUGCUUGCACCCUAGCAGCUUUAAUUUUAGAUUAUAAUCAGUCUAAAGACAAAAAUAUGCAAUCACUUCUACGACCGAUACGAAAUUUACUUUUGCCACAUUCGAGGCAAUUAUGGGGUGAUGUGGAAAACGCUAACGCUAUUAUCCAAGUAUUGCAAACCCUUUUAAAAGUAGCCGAAAUGAAUGGUACCAGUUUGAAUGUAAAUGGCGAACAACUCCCACUCAAGUUCAGUAAAAGCGGUAAUGAUAGUAGUCAGGAAACGCCACUCAACAUACCAACAACUAAAGUACCACAAGCAGGUGUUCGUAAAAGCGCAAAUGAAGAAGAAAGAAAUGAAAGCGAGAUUGAUAUGAGUGAUAAUGAAGCCGGUGAAUUGAACUUGGUUGGCACGGAUGAAGGGUACGAAGCCGAUGCUGAAGUUUUGGUGCUUUCUGAUUCGAGUCUAGAUGAGAGGGAUAUUUUCCGAAGAUACAACCCAUCAUCAAAGUAUCGGGCCCAUAUCGUUAAUGAAGGAUUGUGCAACCUCGUAGUUGAAGUUUUAAUGGAACUCACUUCUCAAUGCAUUAGGAAGCCAGAGAACUGGGUGACUAGCUUGACACAAUUGGUGAAGCAAUUAUCUGCGGUGAGAGAUUCGCUAGGAGGGACCUUAUUUUUAAUAAAAGGAUUUUCCAAGAUAUUGUCUGAAAAUGACUUUCGAUUAAAAGAUCUACAACUAUCAAUUUUGGACUUGAUCUCCGAUCUACGAGAUCCGGAUUGUCUUGCAGCUUAUUUGAAUAUUUUAGCAACUGAAAAUCCGCCUGUUGACAUUCUUUUGCAACAUAUGGCUGCUAUUUGUAAUCAUAAUUUCAAAGUUACUCCUUACGCUGCCAUCAAAUUUCCUCUGCCCAAUGACGCAUCUGUUUCAUAUCUUGGAGAAGAUGCUGCAUUAGAAAAUAUUAAACAAAUCCGAAAUCUACAUGAAAUCCACGAAGUCGAUUCACUGUUCACAAGAUCUCCUUGUUUCCUACCUAUUUCGAACGGUAAUAUAAAGCCAUUCUCAGAAGAAGGUUUCACAGUAUCAACUUGGAUUCAAAUCGAUCGACAUUCAGACAGUUCGCGGCAUCCAAAACAUUGCGAAGAGACUCAUAUACUCUCAUUCGGAACGCAACAGCUCAUUAUAAGUUUAUACGUGAACGAACAUUCCAAUUUAAUUGUUGAAUUUCAUCAUCCCACUUCCGAUAUCUCUAGCAAACAUAGUCCAACAGAUGCAAAAUCGCUAACACCUAGCUCCUCGUCAUCUAAAGAAUUAAAAACAAACAAAGGAUCACUUUGUAAACUGCGACGUAGUCGUAAACUCGAAUCGUCGGAGAAUCCUACGAUAGGAAACAAUUCAGUAAAUAACCGGCAACGUCGAAGUGAGGGAUCUGCAUUCAAGCAUGUGUUACAAACAACGAAACACGCACUUUUCAGAAGCUUGAGUGGUUUUAGUCUGUUACAAAAUGCACCCGGGCACAUUUUGCAUGGUGCUCGCAUAGAAUUGGAUUCUAUUCCACUGAAAGAAGAUAAGUGGACUCAUUUAUGCGUAACAGUCCAAAAACAAGGAAAAGCGUUGGAUCUUACAUUAAUACUGGAUGGAACAGUAUCCUUCCCCUUCGAACUACCUUGGAGUCCGCAAAGUGGUUCUAUAAAAAUAAACUUUGAAAUGAUCACUAUUGGCGAAAUGUAUCCAAUAGAUAUGAAUCAAUUGUGUAGUGAUCAUGAGUAUAUAAAUUAUAGUCUCUCAAAUCUUUUGGUUUUCAAGAAAUGUCUGAACAGAGGCAUUUUGGCAAAUUUGACUGCUUUGGGACCGGACUGCAAUAAUUUAAUUUAUUGCCAAGCUGGAAAUAGUAUCCCCAAUUACGGACUUCUUGAUUACCACAUGUAUGCAAAUCUUGAACUCCAUCCGCUACAGGAUUCUUUGAAAUUUCUACGAUAUAAUUUGAUUUUAAUGUAUUCGGUUCAUGAACCAAAUUAUUUAUUGUGGUAUUCUCACGAUGAAACCGGACCGAAUAUAUUAGGCAAACGACAAGAUGUCAUAUUGUACACAAAAAUGGUUCCAACGAAAAUACCUUCCUUACAAAAUGCAACCUAUAUUUGUGGAGGUCUUUCUUGCCUAUUGAUACUCUUUGCCAAGGCGGUCGAACUUACAAACAAACCGGAAAUUCAAGCGAUUGCCCUAAACAUCCUCUUCCGAGUAGCCUUUACCGAUUCUAGGCUCUACACAGAAUUCAUAAAAAGGGACACUUUAAACCUUAUCGGGUCCGUUAUUAAGACUAGUCAUUGCUCAAAAAGUGUUCAUUUACUAAAAGUGAUUUUAAAUAAUGCGUGCAGUGGUAUAGUAUGCGAUCAGAAAAACGGUGAAAUUCAAUUAGUGGAAAAUCUCGACGUGUGUGUAGUGUAUCCAAACCUCAUUGUCAAUACAAUCAAACGUUACUCUGAUUGGAGCACUAUUGAUUCUUUGGAUUCUACUGUAAUAGAUAUGAUCUUACAAUGCAUUCAAGAUUUGGUUAGUGAUAAACAAAUCCAGCAGAACUAUAACACGAUGCAGUUUAUUAAAGCCGGACUUGUACGAGAGCUAUUGAAUCUUUGUAAAAUUUAUCUCGUCGAAGCACCAAUCCCGGUGUAUUUUUCAAAGAAAACGGCUUCAUUAUUCAUAAAUAUCUUGAAUACUUUUGCUGGUGCUCCGCCUUCUCCGUCGCUUCUUGAUGAAAUUACAAAGCUUCUUCUUAUCUUACAAAGGCCAAACGAGUGUUACGUUACCGAUAAUCGGUCUAGAUUUUAUUUUCUGUUAACUUCGGAUAUACCAUCAAAAUCAAGACUUAUAACGCUUCCGUUAUCGUCUAAUAAAAUUCGGCUAUCGAUUCGCAAUCGAAAAAGCCCAUUCACAGGUUCCGAAAAACAAUUUCAAAGCAGAGGCGAGUUUAAAAUAACAAAUUGUGAACAUCUUAUGAAUAGAAAAGCCGCAAAAUCGCGACACAAUCGCUUCACUAAUUUCAUAUAUGAUUAUGAUACGCUGCAAACGAUUGCAAAUUGCUCUGGAAUUGAUGAAAGAAAACUUUGUGUAGUCAGGCGAGAACACAAUGAACGAUUUAGAAAAUUUUUGUUGGAGCUGAAGAAAAAACAACUUUUACAGUCUCAACAUGAGAAAAAUGAUAACAGAAGAACCAUAAGGAAGAAGUCCAAAAGACUGCGAACAGUUUCUGAUAAUGACAAUGCUCGAAGAGUUCGAACAUUUUCUAGUACCGAGGACGACAUCAUGCUGCGUGGCGGAUUCGAUAUAGUUCACUCAGAUGAAAUUUCAAGUUUAGAAGAAACACAAGGCAGCAAAGGUACAAUUAGAUCUGCUAGGGUAAAUGCAUAUCAUAGUGUCGGAGUUAUUGCAAUGCAGAAUGGUCUUUUCACUCUGCUACGAGACUAUCUACUGGUCUUACCAGAUAGUGCAAUUGAUGAGGUUUUAGCACAUUAUGUAAAAUUAGAAAUUAUCUUAGUCCUUGCAAAUCAUAGAAGUUGUGAUGUACGAACGUCAAUUCUUAAACUUUUGAUGGUAUUUUGUGAAAGGCUUUUGCCAAGUGAAUUGCAAGUCGUGACGAAAAAAAUGUACUGGCAUCAUUUAGCCAAUCAACUAGCCUUGCAUCCUGUAGACGGUACACUUAUGGAAACAUGUCUAGAAUGGGUAACAUGUAAACCUGGCUUUUCAAUUAACUUCGAAGAAAUUUCUGAUCAGGAAUUGAAGAUUCAUAAUAAAAUCGGAUUGAAUGCUUUGCUGGCCAUGUCCGUGCAAACUGUACAGAAUACUAAUUUGGCUGCGAAUGUAUUCAAGGUCAUAGAAUACAUUUACAGGACGGAUCCUGCGCAUAAUAUGUUAAUGAUUGAAAGUGGAGUAAUUCAAUCGACCGUGAAGGCUCUACAGAAAAUCUACUUAGAAAUCAAAGUAGACUACCGGAAAACGGAAUACAAUAUCCGCGACUUGUUAACAACAAUCGCGAAAAAAAGUGUUUGCUCAAAUGGACAUAUAAAUGUACUCUGGGAAUUGUUAAAUAUACUCUCAUAUUAUGGAAGUAACAACUUUACGAAAGUGGUAUACGGAUUUCGUUCCAUCCAAGCUCAUAUUUUGUUAUCGCUCAUACAAAUGUUUUUAAGAGAAAAUGUCCACAUUGGACUCAAUAUAAAACUCAAAGAUAUACAAUUAGCAGACUCGAAUUUAUCAUCCUCGGAAACUCGAACUCGGUUCGAACUACUCAUCGACCGCAGCAUCCAGUUCUUUAUUUCUAUAAGCGAUUCAUAUCAUCCCUCCGCUGUAGAAGUUCAAUUAUUUGAGUUAUUAAUAAUUUUGAGCCUGUCAGGAAAUUCUCGAUGUAGCAGUCUGAUAGGUUGGGGUUUGGCGCCAAAUCGAAUCUUAACUUUCAAGAGUUCUGUAACUACUCACCUGUUAGCCUUAUUGGAACAAAGCAACGCCUUACCUAAUAUUGUCUGUGAUUGGAAAAUGGUUAAAGCUUUUUUAUGGAAAUAUCAAUCUUUGUCCGGAAUCAAUGGCGAGUGCUCGCCUGUGUCAAAGGUGUGUAAAAAAUUGCUAGUGACUGAAAAUGAUUUGUGGAGCUUAGAGGAGUCAGUUGAUAAAUUGGAGCUGAGUCGGUCAAAUUGUUUGACGGAACAGAAACCAAUGAUUGAAAAAGCUCUAUAUAGGUUUGAAUCGAUUGCUCAAACUUGUACUGAUACGGCGAUGUCAAUAACAAGAAUAGUUGCUGAUUUACAGGUUUGUUUGAAUUCAGAAAGGAAACACUUGUUGAAUCUGAUGCGACAGUACGAUGAAAGUUUCAUUUACGCCGAAUGGAAGUUAGUUAUUCAAAGGAUGACCCACGAAGGAACACCAUGGCAUUGUCCUAGUCUCUAUCCCAAGUCAUGGGAGCUGGAUGAUACUGAAGGCCCAUUACGAAGUCGCACACGUUUACGUCGCUGCACACUAAACAUUAAUUCGAGAUUUAUAAUGCCGGACUUCCGGGCAUCGCACACAGAAAACCAACCUAAGACGUAUCCCCUAAAGUAUUUAAUCUCAUCCCACGACCAACAAAUGAAUUUUUCACUCAAUGCUCAAAUAUUAUUUAAUUUCCCUGCCAAAUUCUUACCAGUCGAUGGUGAAAUUGAUGGUGAACUCAUUGUCACCGAAGAAAAAAUCUUUUUCGCAGCAACUCAUCGCUAUAAGUUUUUCUAUAUAAAUGCUUUCAUUGACAAUAUCACUGAAAUCUGGAUUCGCCGUUAUCAACAUCAAGAGAAUGCCUUUGAAUUCUUCAUUAGCUCAAAUAAAUCGUUUUUCUUUGUUGUUGAAAAUCCGGAUGAUAGAGUUGUCUUGAGGGAAAUAUUCGCUGAUAAAAUUGUGGUGAAUGUAGAUCCAGUGAAACUAAUGCAGCAAUGGAAAGAAGGUCGAUUAACAAAUUGGGAAUACUUAAUGACCUUGAAUCAACUCGCGGGGAGAACAUAUAACGAUUUGAUGCAGUAUCCAGUUUUCCCUUGGAUUUUGGCAGACUAUACAUCUGAAUGUCUGGAUCUGACGCAAAGAAGUAGCUAUCGGAAGCUGGAUAAACCGAUCGCAGUGCAGCAUAAAGAAAACGAACAGCAUUAUCUCAAUAACUAUGGAUAUAUAAGCAACUCUAUGACAAAUGGUGGAGGUUGGGAGCUGAAACCAUACCACUACAGCUCUCAUUACUCGAAUUCUGGUACUGUCUUGCACUUCCUGGUUCGAAUUCCGCCGUUCACUAAAUUCUUCCUACGCUACCAAGACAACAACUUCGACAUACCAGAUAGAACGUUUCAUUCUCUAAACACAACAUGGAAAUUGGCGAGUAAAGAUUCACCGACAGACGUAAAAGAGUUGAUUCCAGAAUUCUUCUGUUUGCCUGAGAUGUUUGAAAACUUCGAAGGAUUUGAUUUUGGAGUGAGACAGAAUGGAGAAAUUGUUAACCACGUCAUGUUGCCACCUUGGUGCUGGAACAAUCCACGACUAUUCGUCCUAAUUCAUCGACAGGCACUUGAAUCGGAAAUGGUUCGAAAAAAUUUACAUAAUUGGAUUGACCUGAUUUUUGGAUACAAGCAAACAGGACAACCAGCCGUUGAUGCUUUGAACGUUUUCCAUCCGGCAACUUAUUCCGAUUUCGAGUUUUCAGCUAUAAAGGACCCAAUUGAAAGGCAGGCGGUUCAAACAAUGGUAAAAACUUACGGGCAAAUGCCACGGCAGCUAUUCAAGACCCCACAUGAUAAUUCUGCGGAACUGAACUAUAGUCCGCACCAACCAUCUGUGUUGACCUCAGUGAAAGGACUUCGAUGGGGAAUUUUUACAGGAUCACCUCAAUUGGAAGAUCCAAAGAUAUGCAGCGUAUUUAAACAACCGAAUGUUCCCUUUUCAGUUCUACUACCGUUUGAAAGCAAGAACAUGCUCUAUGGGUUGUAUGAGAAAAGUUCCGUCAUGCUUGGAACGGACUCAGAAUAUAACCUUGUUUCGUGGCACUACGAUGAUUUUAUAGUUCGUGUGCAACCACUAAACGAUAACAUCCAUUCCUCCAAGCCACUUUUAUUCAACGAUCCGGCUGAUCCGAUAAGCUGCUGUGGGUCGCAUUCUUCUUCUAAUGUUCUGUGGUUUGGACAUAGUUCGGGGAAAAUAACAGUAUAUCACUGCACGAACCAUGACAUUGGGAAGAGUGGCCGAAAUCGACACUCUAAUAUUGGGAUGAAGUUGUCAUACAAUUCCGCAUUUCGUAGAUUAUCCUUAAAACUUCCAUCUCGAUUAGAGGAAUAUGAAUCUUUGAAAGAGAAUAAGACUUGCAAGUAUGAUCUCGGGACAAUACACUGGUCUGGUCCGACUGUACUUGUCCGACACACAGACGAAGUGACUGCCAUCUGCAUUUCUAUCGAGUUCAAAAUCGUUGUUUCGAUCGGAAAGGACGGAUUAGCGGUAAUAUGGGAUCUAAACAGCUUGAACUAUAUACGAACGAUAGAUCGACCGUCCGAAAUACGUCACUCACCACUCAACAUCGUUAUCAUAAGCCCUACUUUAGGAGAUAUAUUUACUGUCCAUUCAAUAGAACCUUCAGAGGACAAUAGACGAUUAUCCGAUGUCGAUGAGGAAUGCUUUGAAGUAACUGAAGAAAACCUCGAUGAUUUCGUUAAUGUUGCGAUGAAUUACAAUGGGCAGUCGAUAAUGAGGUUACAUUCGGUAAAUGGCAAAUACGUCAGCCAUAAUAUACAGGAGGAGCGGAUGUUGUGUGCUUGUUAUUCGUACAUUAAGGAAGGAGUAGGCGUAAAUGUUAUCGCCACCGGAUUUGAAGGCGGAAUCGUAAAGUUAUGGUCCAGCUGGGAUUUGAGCUUAAUUAGAGAGAUCAUUGUAUCACAAUUAGACGUCCUGAGCUUAACAUUUGCCACAUAUCAACAUUUGGCUGUUUUAACAAAAGAUUACAUUCAAAUUUGGGAUUCAGAAGGGCUUCUUGGCGAUCCUCCCAAACUCCCGCAAUUUAUGUUACACAAAGGAAUAAACGCUUGAAAAUACUCCCUGAUUGAUACUUUGAGUUGAUAUCAUUAUAAGAACAAAAAGAAAGAGAAUCGUUUCUAUGUUUUAUUAAGUUAUUAAAUUUUUGUACUUACAUAAAAA